UUGAGGAACCACAGCACCGUCACCGAGUUUGUUCUCACGGGGCUGUCUGACGACCCCCAUGUCCAGGCCCUGCUCUUUGUGCUCUUCCUGGCGAUUUACCUCCUGACCCUGAUGGGGAACUUGAUGAUGAUACUGGUGAUCAGGGCUGAUUCCCACCUCCACACGCCCAUGUACUUCUUCCUGAGUCACCUCUCUUUCCUGGACCUCUGCUUCUCUUCUGUCACUGUGCCCAAGAUGCUGGAGAGCCUCCUGUCUCAGAGGAAAACCAUCUCAGUAGAGGGCUGUCUGGCUCAGGUCUUCUUUGUGUUUAUCACUGGAGGUACUGAAGCCUGUCUGUUCUCAGUGAUGGCCUAUGACCGCUAUGCUGCCAUCUGCCACCCACUGCUCUACAGCCAGAUGAUAAAUAAAGACAGGUGUGAGCAGUUUGUGUGGGGUUCAUGGGGACUGGGAUUUUUGGAUGCAUUCAUCAAUGUCUCUCUGGCAAUGAAAAUGGACUUCUGUGAUACUCCUACCAUCCCCCACUACAGCUGUGAGCUUCCCUCUCUCUUCCCUCUGUCUUGCUCCGAUGUCUCCACCAACCUCAUUGUCAUGUUUUGCUCUAUCAUCCCACAUGGACUUGUAACUUCUCUCUCAAUACUCUUCUCUUACACCUGCAUUGUCUCCACCAUCCUGAGCAUUUCCUCUACAUCCAGCAGAAUCAGAGCUUUUUCUACUUGCUCUUCACACCUCACCACAGUGAUCCUGUUCUAUGGCUCAAGUUUUCUCCGCUAUCUCAUGCCAACCUCAGGAUCCUCCCUGGAGCUGAUCUUCUCUGUGUGGUAUGGUGUGGUCACUCCCAUGCUGAAUCCCCUCAUCUACAGCCUGAAGAACAAGGAGGUGAAGGCAGCUCUGAAAAGAACACUGGGAAAGUAUUUACAAUGCUUUUGGUGGCAAAAGAAAGAGAGGGGAUGA